CUGUUUUCCCCACCAUAAAACUCUUGAACUCUACACACACCUUGUCUUUAGGUGGGUCAAUGGACAGAGGAGAAGUCUGGACCUAGAUGGCGUCCACCCCCCCAAAAGCUCCAGCUGGAGCAGGCGCUGCAGGUGUGCAGUGGCCAGAGCCCGCAGCUCACGGGUGUUUGCAGCCGCUCCCUGAGGUGCCAGAGCCUGCAGACCUGGGAAAGGUAGACGGAACCAAGAGUAAACCUGGACUCCCCGAAGGAGAAGGAGAUGGACAGAAGUUCUCACUUGACAGCUCUCUGUCAUCCUCGGACAGCGAGGAUGAGGGUAUCGGCAAGAAAAAGAAGAAGCUGAAGAAGAAGAAGAAGAAAGAUUCCAGCUCGUCCUCUUCAUCUUCCUCCUCCUCUUCCUCCUCCAGUAGCUCUUCAGACAGUGACAGUGACAGUGACAGUGAGGAUGACAAGAAGAAGAAGAAAAAGAAGAAGAAGAAGAACAAGUAUGACCAGAGAGAGUAUGUCUGGGACAGUAUUAUCCUAUGUCACGAUGAUCAACUGGAACCCAAUAGUGCAGAUGGUAGUAUGAUAAGCGAGGACUUCAACUCAUCGGAUGACGAGGAUGACAAGGAGAAAGACAAGAAGAAAAAGAAGAAGAAGGACAAGAAGAAGAAGAAAAAGAAGAAGAAGGAUUCGUCUUCAUCUGACAGUUCAUCGUCCGACAGCGAGGAUGAAAAGAAAAAGAAGAAGAAGAAAAAGAAGAAGAAGAAGAAGACGAAGGACUCCUGCUCCUCUUCUUCAGACAGUUCCUCCUCUUCAUCAUCCUCCUCUGACAGUGAGGAUGACAAAAAGAAAAAGAAGAAGAAAGACAAGAAGAAGAAGAAAAAGAAAGACAAGAAAAAGGAUUCUAGCUCUUCAUCUUCUGACUGCGAUAAAGAUAAGAAGAAAAAGAAGAAGAAGAAGGACAACAAAAAGGAUGAAGAGCAAAAGGAGCUCUGCUUUGUUCUUUCAGCAACUGACGGUGAGAUUGCAGGACCGUGUGCUGAUGGAGAUAAGAAGAAAGCUGCAGACAAGGCCAAGAAAGAGCCUAAAGCAGCAGGAGAAGACAAGCUGUCCGUUUCAUGUGCAGAGGGAGCAAAAGCAUUCCCUGAUUGUAUUGAGGAUGGCAACAUGAGUGAUGAUGAGGGAGAAGGAGAGAAGGACAAGGAGAAAAAGAAGAAGUUGAAGAAGAAAAAGGGUUCUGGUUCAUCUUCUGACAGUGAGGAUGAUAAGAAAGACAAGAAGAAGAAAAAGAAGAAGAAGGAAAAGGACUCCUCCAGCUCCUCCUCUUCUUCAUCAUCUGAUAGCUCAGACAGCGAAGAUGACAAGAAGAAGAAGAAGAUGAAGAAGAAGAAGGAUAAGGAUUCCAGCUGUUCCUCAUCCUCUGAUAGUGAAGAGGACCAGAAGAAAAAGAAGAAAAAGAAGAAGAAGAAGUCCUGCUCUUCUGAAGAUAGCUCCUCCCCUUCCUCUGAUAGUGAUGAUGACAAGAAGAAAAAGACCAAGACAGAUAAGAAAAAGAAGAAGGAUAAGAAGAAGAAAAAGGACAAAAAGAAGAAGAAGGAUUCUUCUUCUGAGACCUCAAGCGAUUCUUCUAGCGAUGAUGAUAAGAAGAAAAAGAAGAAGAAGAAGGAUAAAAAGAAGAAGAAGAAGAACAAGAAAGACAAGAAAGAGGACUCCGAUUCUUCUAGCAGUGAUGACGACAAGAAGAAAAAGAAGAAGAAGGACAAGAAGAAGAAAAAGAAGAAGGACAAAAAGAAGGACUCCAGAUCAUCUGAUAGUUCCAGCGGCAGUGACAAGGAAAAUAAAAAGGACAAGAAGGACAAGAAGAAAAAGUGUUCAGGGUCAUCCGGGAAGUGAAAAUGAAAAGAGGGAAAGCCCUCAUGGUGAGGUAACCGGCGAGCCAAAAAUGGAAGCUUCUGGCUCCGGUGGGGGCAGACUUUCAGGUCCCAGCGGCAGCUUCUGUAAGCCAGCCGGCGCUCCUGGUGUUGCUCCUGGUGUUGCUCCUGGUGUUGCUCCUGGUGUUGCUCCUGGUGUUGCUCCUGGUGUUGCUCCUGGUGUUGCUCCUGGUGGGGCUCCUCCUCCUGCUCUUCUUCCUGGUGCUCAUGUCGUCUCCUACGUGUCUCUCCCAUCCAAACCCCUUGUGAAGCUGGAUCCAAGUCUCUCAGCGGCCUCCAAGCCCUCUUUCUCUGUUUCCUCCCUGAGUCCCGGGGAUAGGUUUCGCAGACCUCCCAGCCCCAUGGAGGCUCUGAUGGGGAGCCCAAGGAGGUCCGGAGAUACUGGGACCCAUUCCACCUCCCACCUCACCUCAAGUGACAUAUUGAAAGGCCCCAGGCCUUACCAACGAUGAGAUGUCAUAGACCGAAUAAGAUGUUACUGACACAGCUUACAUGACCCUUGAGGAUGUUUUUGCUCUAAUGAUGCCCUGAUUUUAUGCAAUAAACUGUUCAACUUGAGGAAGAUAAUUACCCUAUGAAAACAAUUAUAAUGAAAAAGUAUGAAUAGUUCUUAAUUAGCUUUUUUAAUUGGUAAGACUAAGCAUAUUUGUGGCAGAAUCGUAAUUUUAUAAUCACAUGAAAUAAUUCAAAAACCUUGCUGUGUGGAAUAAAAAAAGCAUAAUUUUA